AUGGCAAACAUUAAAGAAAAGAAUGGAGAAGAUGGAACCAAGCUCCACGUAGCGAUGUUUCCAUGGUUAGCCUUUGGCCAUUUGGUUCCACACUUGGAGCUCUCUAAGAUCAUGGUUCAAAAGGGUCACAUCGUUUCAUUCAUCUCCACUCCUCGUAACAUCGACCGCCUCCUCCCACGUUUGCCGGAAGAUCUCUCCACCGCCAUUAAUUUCGUCAAACUCCCAUUUCCCGGCCACAACAAGCUCCCAGAGGACGCCGAAGCCACCAUCGACGUACCAUUCCAUCUCGUUUCUUACUUGAAAAUUGCUUUCGACGGCUUAAAAAAUCCACUGACGGAGUUUCUUGAAUCUUCUAAACCUGAUUGGCUUCUCCAAGAUUUUGCUCCUUAUUGGCUACCUCCUAUAGAAACUGAAUCUACCCGCCUCGGAAUCAAAAAUGGAUUCUUCACUGCUUUUAACGGCGCGUCUUUCGGAAUUCUAAAACCGUCGGGGUUCAAGGAGUACCGUACAUCACCGGAGGAUUUUCUGACAAAGCCUAAAUGGGUUCCAUUCCAAACUCCGAUACCUUUCCGGUUGUUCGAAAGCAAGCCCAUCUUCGAAGGAUUGAUGCAUGAAUCCACCGAAGGGAAUAUCCCCGACUUGGACCGUUCCACGGGGGUGAUCGACGGUUGUGAUAUCAUCAUCGUACGGAGCUGUAACGAGUACGAAGCAGAGUGGUUGGGACUUAUACAAGAACUCUAUGGUAAACCGGUUAUACCGGUAGGAGUUUUGCCUCCUAAACCGGAAGAGAGAUUUAAAAAUACCGACACAUGGUUGAGUAUUAAAAAGUGGUUAGACUCACGGAAACCCAACUCCGUGGUUUACGUAAGUUUCGGUUCGGAGGCUAAACCGAGUCAAACCGAGUUAAAUGCGAUCGCUCUCGGUUUGGAGCUUUCCGGUUUACCUUUUUUUUGGGUGUUAAGGACUGGACGCGGUCCGUUGGAUACUGAGCCGCUUGAGCUUCCGGAAGGAUUCGAAGAGCGUACGGCUGAGAGAGGAAUGGUAUGGAGAGGUUGGGUUGAACAAUUGAGAACAUUGAACCACGAGUCCAUCGGUUUGUUACUGACUCAUGCCGGUUGGAGUACAAUGAUCGAAGCUGUACGGUUUGCUAAACCGAUGGUUAUGUUGGCUUUUGUGCCCGACCAAGGGUUAAAUGCGAGAGUAGCCGAGGAAAAGGAAAUUGGAUAUAUGAUCCCUCGGGACGAAACAACAGGUUCUUUUACCAAAGAAGAUGUUGCGAAAUCGCUGAGAUUGGUAAUGGAGGGAGAAGAAGGUAAGGUUUAUAGAGAAAACGUGAAGGAUAUGAAGAGAGUGUUUGGAGAUAUGGAUCAACAAGAUCGUUAUGUUGAUUCUUUCUUGGACUAUCUCGUUGCUCAUCGUUAG